UAUGCUGAGGCCUUUUGAGCUUCCAGUCUGUUUUUUUUUUCAUUCUGGCUGUUCACCGGAUGGUGAAAAAGUAUUUAGGCCUAGGCCUAGUUGGUUUAAUAAGGUUAUCUUAAAAUGGAAGACACUUUAGGAUUAUCGCUUUUAGCAUUUGCAAUGUUUGUAGGUUGUUAUGUUGCAGGAUCCAUACCAAUGGCAUGUACUCUGUCGGAGGGUAAAAUGCGCUUUAUUACUAUUGUUGGUGCUGGACUUCUGGUGGGGACUUCCCUUGCUGUUAUUAUCCCUGAAGGAAUACACACUAUGUAUGAGGAUGUGGAAAAAAAAGUUGAGAUUCAUCAUGUUGACGAAGCAGCUGAUGCCCAAAAAGACCCACAUGUAGCAGUUAAUCCAGAAGAACAUGUGCAUGCCCACUCACAACAUGAACAACUACACAGCACAGUGGGUGUCUCUCUUGUGCUUGGUUUUGUAUUUAUGUUGAUUGUAGACCAAUGUGCAGGAGGACAUGGCCCAUCACCAGGGGAUGGAGAUAAGAUUAAAAGGGACAAUAUGACCGCAACUUUGGGACUAGUGGUUCAUGCAGCAGCAGAUGGGAUAGCCAUGGGGGCUGCUGCUUCUACAUCUAGAGCAGAUGUUGAGACAAUUGUGUUCGUAGCUAUAAUGCUGCAUAAGGCUCCUGCUGCUUUUGGGUUGGUAACGUUUCUAAUGCAUGAAAAGUUUGAGCGGAGCAGAAUACGCAAACAUCUAUUUGUAUUUGCAAUCGCAGCACCAUUUACAACAAUUUUAACAUACUUUGGAUUAAGUCAAGCUAGUAAAGAAGCAUUAUCAUCAGUAAAUGCUACAGGAAUAGCUAUGCUGUUUUCUGCUGGGACAUUUCUGUAUGUGGCCACAGUACAUGUCCUGCCUGAAAUAGCUAAUAUGGGUCACUCUCAUUCUCACGGAUUACCUGUUGCAGAUGCUGAAGUGCUUGUAGAAAAUAGAAAUACAGUUUUCUCAAAAAUAGAGAUUAUUGCACUAGUUGCUGGCUGCAUAUCCCCGUUAUUUUUAUCAUUUGGACACCAUCACUGAGAUGCAACCAGAAUUGAAUAAUGAACUGUCAUUUUGAUAUAUAAAAGUUCUUGCCACGUACUUGAAAGUAUAUUAAAUAUUCCUAUGUAUAUUUUCAGGGUUGCAGAAUCAAUUAUAGACUUUGCUGAAUAUUUUCUCCACAUUAUUUUACUGCACACUAUAUGUUUAUUUAACUGAGGUUCAUUUUAAAAAUAUUUCUCUGUUUUUUAUUUUGUGACAGUGGUUUGAAUUAUUGAAACCCUCAUAAAAUGUUAUUUCCAGUAAUGAUUUCUUUAAGCUAUUUUGUGCAUUGAAUGCAUGGCAACUAUCUUGUAAGAAAUCAAUACUGAUCUGUUUCUGUUAAAAUUGUAUUCACCUAUGUAUGUGUGAAUUAUACUUUGCUUUCCUUACGGCUUCGAUUCAAUGGCGCUUCAUCACUGUCUGGGAUACCACCUCUGGAUGCAUUAUCAUACUUUUGUGUAAUGGGGCAAGAAGGUACUGCUUGCAGACCUGAAUACUGAGGCCAGGCUAGACAAUUGUACUGUAUUUUGUAACAAACUAAGGAGUUUUUAGUACUGUACAAUGUAUGGGGAAUUUUUGUACUAACAGGAUAACUAUGUAUAAUUUUCUGGUAAGAACAAACAUCACAUUACUGUAUUAGCAGUCAAAUGACAGUGAGCACUGCAUUAAUACUAUUAGAAUAUUACAAAAUUAAUAAUGUAAAAAUUUUGCCAUUUUUCAACAAUGGAAAGCCUACAGAUAUUUAUGAAAUAUAUAGAAUUUUAAAAUACCUUGUUUGCAUUGCCAUGUAUGAUCAACUCUAAAUUCAACUGAAUUACAGUAAGAUUAUAAUCAUCUGAUACAUGAUCUUUUCCUUUCAUAAUUUAAGUAAACUUAAUACCAUUAUCGUUUAUACCUUGGCAAGAAAUGUUUGAGGAAACUGGAUUCGAAGAGCUUUACAGUACCUAGGCUUCGAUAGUGAACGAAAGGUGUAGAAGGUUUAGAGUUUAAGAUUGCAUUGGCAAUACCUACCAGAGUACCAUAUGCAUUUAAUUUGGUAGAUAGAUGAGGUGCUGCUAUGUUUAAUUUGUAUUGUAGACAUGUUCAGAUGAGGUAGAACUAAGAUUGAAGCCUGGGGUAGUGCCACUGAAGAUACUUUUUGUAUUAAACUACUUCAACGUUGCUUUAAACGACACUUUACUCCAAAGAGUACUCAGUAGUAGUGUGUCAUUUUGCUUAAUCAAAGCAUAUGGGAAAUAUCCACUCAGAACGUGCGACAUUUAAACUCACAUGUUUCGAAGCUCGCAGGAGACCUUGAAUAUUAUCUUGAUUUUAUUCCAGAGGUAAUACAGUACCUAGAAAUGAGUGCCAAAACAGCAUUUCUUAUGAUUUGUUAACGUUUGUGGUACCAUUUACAAUUUUUUGUUUACAAAAGUCCAAAAUAGCAUAACAAAAAGAGCAGCACUUAUUUCCUCUGAAAAAUUUGCACAAUUACUUUUAAGCUUUGAAAUUAGCUCAUUGGGAGUAACAUGCACAUGUUAAAUGUUAACAGUACGUACUGUAUGUUGUAUAAUUGCUUUGGACUGAAGGCCAUCAAAACAUGCCUAAAAUAUUACAUUUCUAUUUAAUAUUGUAGAAAUGGGAGUAUAAUAUUUUAUGUAUAGGUACAUUAAAUAAAUGAUGACUUGAUUUGAUUA